AGCAGCAGCCGCCGCCCGACCGCAGAUAUGGAAGUGAGCAGCAGCGUCGCCAUGUUGGUGCCAGACAUUGGGGAACAGGAAGCUAUAUUGACGGCCGACACUGUCAUCAGUUCUUCACUGGAAAUUGAUGGACAAAGUUCAGCUAAAGCAGAUCCAUUAAUCCAUGUUAUCCAGAAGUUGAGCAAGAUAGUGGAACAUGAAAAGUCACAAAAAUGCCUUUUGAUUGGGAAGAAGCGCUCACGUUCCAGUGCUGGGACGAGCACUCCUGAAGCCCAGGAGCUCGGGGAGAUUCCAGCGAAAGGAGCCCCGCCCCCUGUGGCUGACAUCAGGAGGGCCGAGCCGGCACAGAUCCCUUCCAGCCCGGACCCUCUCACCCAGAACGAUGGGAAGGCUAUGUCUUACCAGUGCAGCCUUUGCAAGUUCCUGUCCCCGUCUUUUUCUGUGCUCAAGGACCACAUCAAGCAGCACGGCCAGCAGAACGAAGUGAUCCUGAUGUGCUCCGAGUGCCACGUUACCUCCAAAAGCCAAGAGGAGCUGGAAGCCCAUGUGGUGAAUGACCACGAAAACUAUGCCAACGGCCCCGUUCAGCCCAAAGCCGAACCGUGCGUGAGCCCCUCCAACUCUGUGUGUCUGAGACCCACAGAGCGGAAGCGCGAAGGCACUCCCGACCUCUCUGUUAGCGUGCGUGGUCCACAGACACAUGUCGUCCCCGCCGCAUCUGAGAAGGACAGGGGGAGGAGGAAGUGGUAUGCCUACGAACAGUACGGCAUGUACCGGUGCUUAUUUUGUAGCUACACGUGUGGGCAGCAGCGAAUGUUGAAGACACACGCUUGGAAGCAUGCCGGGGAGGUGGACUGCUCCUACCCGAUAUUUGAAAAUGAGAAUGAGCCCCUGGGCUUGCUGGGCUCCUCGGUGGCGGCUGCACCCGGCGGGGUCGACGCCGUGGUCAUCGCUAUCGGAGAGAAUGAGCUGAGCAUCCACAACGGGCCGGCGGUACAGGUACAGAUUUGCAGCUCAGAGCCUCUGUCCUCGGCGUCGGCCCUGCCUGGUGCGGAACGAGACACGGGUCUCCGCAGGUCGGUGGCCCUUGGGCCUAAUGAGGAGGACGUGUUGGAGGUGAUCUCCGAUGUGGAGGAGAGUCUGAUGGCUGAUAGCCUCCUCUCGUCGGCACAGAAGAUCAUCAGCAGCAGCCCCAACAAGAAAGGCCACGUGAACGUGAUAGUGGAGCGUCUGCCCAGCGCCGAGGAGACCGUGUCGCAGAAGCCUUUCCUCGUGAACGCUGCGCUGGAGGAGGGGAGCCUCCCGGCCCCUCCAGGGCCCCCGACAGGCUGUGAGGGGAGAGAGGAGGCCUAUCGUGCCGAUCAGUGUACCGUCGAUAUCGGGGGGCUGAUCAUAGGCUGGAGCAACACAGAGAAGAAGGAGAGCGAGCUGAUCCAUCAGGGACUGGCCCCUGACGAGAACGCCCCCCCGGGCCGAAGGAGGACGAAUUCCGAGUCCCUUAGGCUGCACUCGCUGGCGGCAGAAGCCCUGGUCACAAUGCCCAUCAGAGCUGCCGAGCUCACGAGAGCCAACCUUGGGCACUACGGGAACGUCAACCUCUUAGACCCAGACACUGGGCAGAGGCAGGUGGAUAGCACCUUGGCAGCCUAUUCUAAAAUGAUGUCACCCCUUAAAAACUCUUCAAAUGGAUUAACGAGUUUUAACCAAAGCAGCUGCCCCUUGGUGGCACUCCCAGAGGGCAGGCAGGAGCUGUCUGACGGGCAGGUGAAGACGGGCAUCAGCGUGUCCUUGCUUACUGUCAUUGAGAAGCUGCGGGAAAGGACGGACCAGAACGCCUCGGACGAGGACAUCCUGAAGGAGCUGCAGGACAACGCCCAGUGCCAGCCCAGCGGCGAGGCCGGCCUGUCGGGUGGCGGCGUGGUGGAGUACAUCCCCAACGCCGAGCGGCCCUAUCGCUGCCGCCUCUGCCACUACGCGAGCGGGAACAAGGGCUACAUCAAGCAGCACUUGCGGGUCCACCGGCAGAGGCAGCCCUACCAGUGUCCCAUCUGUGAGCACGUGGCCGACAGCAGCAAGGAGCUGGAGAGCCACAUGAUCCACCACUGCAAGGCCCGGCUGUACCAGUGCAAGCGCUGCGCCGAGGCCUUCCAUUAUAAGAGUCAGCUGAGGAGCCAUGAGAGAGAGCAGCACAGCCUUCCAGAUCCCCUGUCAGUCGCGGCUUCUGCUGAGCCCAGGAUUCCCAGGGACACCGCUGAGGCGAAGUGUGCCCAGGAAGAGAAUAAGUCUUCAGUCCAGAAACAGUACAGAUGUGACGUGUGUGAUUACACAAGUACAACAUACGUUGGUGUCAGAAACCACAGACGGACCCACAACUCGGACAAGCCGUACAGGUGCUCUCUGUGCGGGUACGUGUGCAGCCACCCGCCUUCCCUGAAGUCGCACAUGUGGAAGCACGCCAGCGACCGCAACUACAACUACGAACAGGUGAACAAGGCCAUCAAUGACGCCAUCUCCCAGAGCAGCAGGGUUCUAGGGAAGUCCCCUGGAAAGACUCUGUUAAACAGCAGUGAAGAAGGAGCUGACCCCCCCACUGGGGGUGUGGACACUGUGGUGUCGUCCUCGGAGCCGGCUCCCCAGGCUCCCACCGAGCGCGAGAAACUGAGCCCCGCAAGUAACUCCUCGUGUCGCUCAGACAAGAACCCCGGGGUGGCCCCCCCAGGGAUGGAGUACUGCGUCUUACUCUUCUGCUGCUGUAUCUGUGGUUUCGAAUCUACCAGCAAAGAAAACCUGUUGGAUCACAUGAAGGAGCACGAGGGUGAGAUUGUCAACAUCAUCCUGAACAAGGAGCCCGGCGCAGCUCUCAACACGACCUAGACGCCACGGGCAUGCGUCUCACCUCCUCAGACGCCCGACAGACACACGAGGGGGGAUGACAGGUGUGACUUUGGAACCAAAUGUGUAAUGUAAUCAAAGGAAUUCCAAAUGGAUGAGCAGCAAUAAUAUUUAAGUAUUCUGAGUGAGGGAAAAUGGGUUGGGGAGGAAGCAAAGAUGUGACCCUGUAUUAACCCUCUGUUACCUCUUGUUAGUGUUGAGUGUAUUUAUUACUAAAAGCUUAUUACAUGUAGAAAUGCAAACAGAAGAGCUAAGAAAGGGUUUUUCAGGAACUGUCCUAAAACUAUUGCUAUAAAAGCGACACAGUCUCAAGCAGGGCUUGGUUUUCUUCCUUUGCAGCAAGAUAGCGGCUCUGCAGGGAGGGCUUCCCAGCGUUCUACCUGAGUCUUCCCAGCGGAGAGGAAGUGUCAGAUACUCGGUCUCAGAUACGUUGCUUUACUCUUUCAAAAAAAAGGAAAGAAAGGAGACCUCUGAAUCUAUACCUAGAUUAUAAAUAGGCAUUUAAGGAGUAAAUGUCUUAAAUUUACAGGGUUUCCUGUGGGCACCAGACUCAGUCAGACCUUGGGGUUCCUAACACUGUCUCAGCCCAGGGCAGGUGCUCCCCAGAGGUUCCGUUCGGGAUCUGACAGGUCACCACAGGGUCUUGGCAGUUACACAGCCAUCUGCCCCUCUCCUGAACCAGUCCGAGCGUUUAGCUGGAAGAGUCUAUUUAAACAACAAAGUAUACAGAUUUGCACUUGAUCAUCAGGCCUUGGAAGUAGUUUGAUCUCUCUUUUUUUUUUUUAAUAGUUUGAUCUCUUCAAUAAAAAUCAUUUGGGGGAAGAAGGGUGAGAUCCAGAAUCUGUUAAAAUGAGGGCUUUGAGAUUUUACUUCCCUGGAGUUCAUUGAUUUAGUUACACUUAGCAUAAGAGAGGUAACCACAUGUGGCUAAAAUAUGAAAAUUCGGGUUGUUUAUAAAGCUUUUAAUAACAAAUAACA